GCAAGCCUAUGUUCACUCUUCCAUUUUGAUACGUGUGCUCUUUCGACACAAUCUCAAAUUGUCAUUACUAUUGCUGGGCAUAACAAAGCUUAAUGUAAGGUCCUUAGAAAGGAAAUCUACUAAUUAUGCGGGCAUACGUAGGGAUGCAAUUCCCCUCCUUUGGCCCAAGGGCCUUAUCAUCAUUAGCCCCUCCCUCAUUCGAGCACGAGUUGCCCUUGCAACCAUCGAUAAUGAGCAUCACCUCUGGUUGCAUGACGGUGGUGGAUCAAGAUCCACAAAUUUGUGGGCUUCGGGCAACAUCAAGGGGAAACCCGGGAUGCGGUGAAGUUGGGAGAAGACGGUAUCUAUUGGUUGGAUUCUUGAUGAAUUGGAGAUUUUUCAAGUGUUUGAAGUGUUUGAAAGAUGAGCUUUGAAGAGUCUUUUUUGGCUUGAACUUCGGCGUGCACUUAAGACGGAGUACAUACCCCUAGUAGCAUAGAACCAAAUAGAAGGCGGGCGGGAUGAAAGUGGCGGAAGGGAAAAACAUGCUUCCGCGCAACCUCCUCAACGGGCUGGAGGGGCAGAGUCAUUACGUCACUCCUGCGAAAGCGGGAGCCGGUAAAAGCGCAUAUUCCCCUUUGAUACCCCUUUGGAUCUAGUGGAGGUCGAUCGGGUUACCGAUGGCCGUCACAACCUCACCCACCCAGCCAAUGACGCCUGCCUACACACCCCUCGGACAACACUGAGGCUCCUAGUCCGCCCGGUCUUCCCCCUUUGAUGAGCCCGAUCUUCAGGUGAAACUGCAGACGUUGCAAACUCUGAUGCGGCCGGCAGACCGAGAGGAAGGUCGCCCGAGAAGUUGCCUGAGCACGGUGAUAUACCGUCAAAAUGGAGGUAGUCUCAUCGAAGGAGAAAUACACCUACGUACAUCCCCGAUGGGGCUAGCAGACGAAUGAUGGGUGACAGCAGCUUCAGAAAGGCAAUUGAGGCCCGAUUCAAUUGGCUCAAACGUUGUGAGGAGCGUGUGGGUAUCUGGAACACUUCUUCCGAAAACGGCCGUUCUUACACCUUCGUGCCCACUUCAGCCACGUUCCACUGAAUUUUUUGGAAUCUCUUUUUGCCUCUCCUCUGAUACUGGAUAGGGCCUAGCUGGAGCAAUCGAUGGAAACUGAUCCGCUUUGCGCGAUUUGCCCAAUGCUCACCACGUCAUUGUGCACCCUACUGGUCUGCAGUCGAAAUGGGUGGAGGAUGCCAAGUAUAAGGGCUAAGCACCCAAUGGUAGUAAUUUGGUCCAAUACUCCACCACGGAUCCAUUGUACGGGACUGCCACUGGGGGGGAACCGAUCAUCAGCCCGGUUCUCUGAGAUAUAAUGACUUAAUGAUUCCCAGAAAACUGUCCAUUUCCCCCAGUCUCACAUUUCAGGUGGGAUAUUCUUCUUCUGUGGCUCGCUAGACGACUGUCACCAACGCUCUGUUUUUCUAUAUCCUAUCUUUUCCUCUUCCCUCAAUAUACCCUCACACAUUCACUCUUCCAAUUCGUCCAUCUUCAACAUGUCUCAAGCCGCCAAUGCUCCCAAUGGAGCUAAUGCUGCUUCUCAUGACGUCGCUCCCAACGAGGUGCCAAACGAGUUGCCCAUCCCUGCGGAGACUGGCCACGGCCACGCCAUCGAGAUUCCUGCCACCAGGAGCUCUAUCAGUGAUGUUCACAUGCAGCGUUUGAGCCUGGCCCCUUCCAUGAAGGACCGCCGGGGCUCGCGCAACUCCUUUGGUGUCUCGCUUCCUAUUCCUCGCGAGCCGCGGAAGUCUUCGCGUCUGUCUGUUGUAGGAAAGCCCAUCAGUCAUGUGCGCAACAUCCUUGCUUCCGAGUUGCAAGAUCAGGAGAAGGAGAAGGUUCAGAAGGUCAAGAACAUGUGCUUCUGCUUCGACAUUGACGGUGUGCUGGCACACGGUAACAAUGCUAUUCCCGAGGCUCAAGCGGCUCUCAAGAUGCUCAAUGGCGACAAUGAGCUCGGUAUUCAAUUCCCAUACAUUCUCCUCACCAACGGUGGUGGUAAGACCGAAGAGGCUCGCUGCGCCCAGCUUUCGGAGGUGCUCGGCGUUCCCAUCUCCACCGACCAGUUCAUCCAAUCCCACACUCCCAUGCAGGCUCUCGCAGAGUACUACGAAAACGUUCUUGUUUGUGGUGGUGAGGGAUUCAAGGUGCGUGAGGUCGCCGAGGCCUACGGUUUCAAGAACGUGGUCCACCCCAAGGACAUUCUGGCUUGGGACCCCACAAUCUCGCCCUGCCGCAAGUUCACCGAGGAGGAGCAGAAGCUGGCCAAGCCCCGCGACUUCUCCAAGUUCAAGUUCGAUGCCAUUAUGUGCUUCGCCGAGUCGCACGACCAGUCGACCGAGUUCCAGAUCAUCCUUGAUCUUCUCCUCAGUGCCAACGGCAGGCUCCUCACCCGUGCCAAGGAUCCCGCUGCUCGGGAUGCCGUGGCCGGCCACAUUCCCAUCUAUUUCUCCCAGGGUGAUCUGCUCUGCCCCACCGAGCACAAGGGUCCCCCACGUCUGCACCUGGGUGCUUUCCGUGUUGCUCUGGAGGCUCAGUAUAAGGCUCUUACUGGCCGCGAUCUCGACCGUAUCGUGUACGGUAAGCCCGAGCGUGCUACCUACAUCGUCGCCGACGAGAUUAUCAAGUCCUGGAUGGAGGAGAUUCACGGCGAGAAGCGUCUGCCUGAGAAUGUCUAUAUGAUUGGUGACAACCCCCAGUCUGAUAUCAUCGGUGGAAACCUGUACGGCUGGAACACUUGCCUUGUUCGCACUGGUGUCUUCCAGGGCAAGGGCAAUGACGAGAACAACCCCGCCAACUUCGGUGUCUUCGAUCAGGUCUACGAUGCCGUCAAGGCCGCCAUCCGCAAGGAGCUCGGUGAUGACUUCAAGUUCAAGUGGGAUCCUAAGAAGCACUCCCCUCACGGCUCUGCUGUUGAGUAAGGGUGUCUCGCCAAGAAACCUUCUCUUCUCUUUCCUUCUCACUUCAAAUCACUUCUUUGGUGACUCAUUGACGGCCAUCAAUCACGUUGCGCGUCGCUACGGAGUUCUUGACCUUCUUUUCUUGCCCUUUUUUGUUUGAAAUUCCCACUUAUUUUCUAGAAUCGUCGCAUCUUGUUUCGGAAUUUGGAUUACGGAAACCAAGCCUAUCGGAUAUAGGUUCAGGGCUCUGAUAGAUACUUGUCACUUAUCUAUCAAUGAAAAUAACGAGCACACUUUACGAACAACGAAUAACUUCUUUUUUGAAGCGAAACUUUAUAAAUCUUCAAAUUCUUUUCCGGAAGCCAUGUGCAUAUUGCAUAUUCAUGACGUCAUAGACUAAAUGGAUCAUCUUAUCAUACUGUUCCAC